GAAGCAUUUUGGUUCAUGUAAAGGUAACAAAGUAGUAACAAGGAAAUUCUGGAAGCAUAAAUCUAAUUAUCGUUAAAAUUGUAGUCUAAAAUCCUGUCGAAGAAUUGAAUCCACUGACCACAAGGCUAUUUCCCUCGGCAACCGGGCAAAAAGGGAGUGUGGGUUCAAGUUGCAGGGCUCCAAUUCCCAAAAUGAAGGAUUUAUUCGGUACAAAGAUGGAUACAAACGGAGGAUAUGGACACCCAUUAAGGCUUCCUGCGGGGUGUACAGUGAGUAUCCAUCAAUAUAUAUGGUAUGCCACCAUAUUCGGGCUCUCUGCUGUUUUAGUAGUUCUAUCUUGCAUUGUGUAUUUUGACAGUGGGUUUGGAUUCUUGGGACCUUUGAAGUUUGGAGCUGUGGGAAGUUAUAAUAGUAGUGAGGGAAUUGUGGUUGCUGAAACAGGGCAGAUAAAGGAGCUUGGUGGUGUGGGAGAUUAUAAUAGUAGUGAAAGAAAUAAGAUUGGUGAAACAAGGCAGCAGCAGAAUCUUGGAGGUGUAGGAGAUAAUAGUAAUGGUGAAGGAAUAAUGGUUAAUGAAACAGGGCAGCAGCAGAAGCUUGGAGGUGUGGGAGAUAAUGGUAAUGCUGAAGGAAUUAUGGUUAAUGAAACAGGGCAGCAGCAGAAGCUUGGAGUUGUGGGAGGUAAUGGUAAUGGUGAAGGAAUUAUGGUUAAUGAAACAGGGCAGCAGCAGAAGCUUGGAGGUGUAGGAGAUAAUGGUAAUGGUGAAGGAAUUAUGGUUAAUGAAACAGGGCAGCAGAAUAGUGGUGAAGGAAUUAUGGGUGAUGAAACAGGGCAGCAGAAGCAGCCUGGAGAUGUGAGAGUUAAUAAUAGUGGUGAAGGAUUCGUGGGCUUAAAAGGGGAAAAAAAGCAGUUAAGUGAGUGUGAUUUGUCUGUGGGUAUGUGGGUGAGGGAUGAAGCAUAUCCAAUCUAUCAGUCACAGAAUUGUCCUUUUAUGGAUUCAGGCUUUCGCUGUCAGGAAAAUGGCAGGCCUGAUACAGAUUACUUGAAAUGGCGAUGGCAGCCCUCUGAUUGUGAUCUUCCACGGUUUGAUCCAAGGAAGUUUCUCCAAAGCAUCCAAAACAGGCGAAUUGUGUUUGUGGGUGAUUCCAUUGGAAGGAACCAGUGGGAAUCUAUGGUUUGCAUGCUGGCUGAAGCAGUUUCUGAUAAGACUCGGAUAUAUGAAGUGAAUGGGAAUCCCAUCACAAAACACAUGGGUUAUUUGUCUUUCCGAUUUGAAGAUUAUAACUGCACUGUAGAGUAUUACAGAGCACCAUUUUUGGUUUAUCAGGGCCGCCCUCCAGCAGGAUCUCCUCCUGAAGUUCGAAUGACUCUGAAGGUUGAUACACUGGACUAUACUUCAAAGCUUUGGGUUAAUGGAGACAUUCUUGUCUUUAACACAGGACAUUGGUGGAACUAUGAGAAGACAGUAAGAUGGGGGUGUUAUUUCCAGGAGGGACACACUGUGAACAUUAAGCUGGAUAUUGAAACUGCAUUCCAGAAAUCAAUGAACACUUGGGUCAAAUGGGUUCGUCAACAUGUUGAUUCUGAAAAAUCUCAUGUUUUCUUGCGUACCUAUUCCCCUGUUCAUUUUAGGGCUGGGACAUGGAAGACUGGAGGACAGUGUCAUGAAGAAACUUGGCCAGACCUAAAAUCUUCUUCUUUGAGUUCAUGGAAAACCCAAAUCAUGUCAGAAGCAAUCCAACAUCUUCAGGAGAGGAAGAAUGUACAGUCUUUGAAUAUAACUUACUCAGCAAAGAUGAGGAAAGAUGGUCAUCCCUCAAUAUAUUAUGUAGGGAAAGAAAAUGGGCCAGCCUCAAUAAAAAAGCAAGAUUGCAGCCAUUGGUGUUUACCGGGUGUGCCAGACCAAUGGAAUCAUCUUCUUUACAGCCACUUAAUUGCUAGAGGGUAUGGAGAUUUGGGUACUAGAGUCAGCAGAAAGUAACAUUACAUUUGUCAAUAGCUUGUAUAUAUGAUAUUUCAUUCAUCUAUGCAAAGGGGGUUGAGGUGGGCAUUCUAUAAGAACAACUAAAUAAUCCUUAAAGCGGUGGAAUGGGAGAACAUCAAUCAAAAAUUUUACACUCUGGAUCCAAGGAAGGUGGCUGCUAAUAACAGUUAAGAUUCAGUCAGGGUAUUUUGAGAAGCAUGACAGUCUGUCUGCGCUUUAUUAUUAUCUAUAAGGCUGAGCUCAAUCAUUGCACAGGUUUGCAGUUAAAUAUCAACAAUUUAUUAGGUUCUUAUAUGUAUAUAUGCUGUUUCUGAAUUUGAUUGUGUGAGUAUUUUUUGCAUCAACAUUUUUCAUCACACUCGGUGAUUCAUCAUCAAAAUCAGAAUGAUAAGAAGCAUAAGAUUCUUACUUUUUUAAAAUAGACUUGUUCAAUUUUUUAAAAAUGUGUUGGAAGAAUAAAGUCCAAAUACCAAUUCAUUACAUAUAAUGUGGUGUGUUGUUGCUUGCAUGAUAUUCAAGGUCAGGAAGGAGUUUGACCCAGGCUGCCACUGAAAGUCAAUAUGCAUGUGGACAACAAGUGUACAAUAAUUUUAUCAAGAGUUUAGUACAUCAAUAAACUCUCAGUGAUCAAGAGGUAUUAUUUGUACCAAAAGUUUUUAAUUGUGUAUUAAUAAACUGAGAAAAUAAAAUGUUCAAGAUGCAUUAGUUGUAUCAAAAGUUUUGUAAAUGUAUUGACAUUCUCUUUCCAUCUCCAUCAUUAAUAUUAAUUGUGGUUUUAUGUUA